GGGUUCUUCGAGACGAUGGAGGAUUCUCCUCCUCCUCCUCCUCCUCCUCCUUCCCUUGUUGAUUCUUCUUCUCUGGCGAAGGCGAUGGGGGCCUUGGCGCUCAACCUCGCCAGCGUCGCGCGCGGGGAGCUCCAGGGCGCCGGCACCCACGCGGAGCUGAUCGAGAAACUCAAUCUCAAGGUGGGCACCGAGUACGACGACUACGCCGAUUUCGCGUCGGGGCUGCUCGUGUUUGUGGAGCGGCUCAAGCAGCAGAACGAGUCGCUGUGCAGCAACCUCAAGGUCAUCCAGGAGAUCGACGACGAGGUCCGGCACCUGGAAGCCAUCGUCUCCACGCUCGACGGCUACACUGCCACUCUCGAGACCAAAAUUAAAAACGCUUACAACGCUUGAGAGUUACUUGUAGAUCUAUGAUCUAUAUCACCUCCUAUCUCCUCUUCUUUCCAGGCUAAAGGUGACUAUAAACAUGUAUAUCUAUCUAUGAAAAUCUUGUGGGUAAUUCUCAUUCUUUCAAAAACGCAAUAUGCUGUUGGAA